GGCAAACAGUCCGGUCCACUCUCAUGUUGUCUGCUGCUGCUUGAAGAAGUUGUGCAACCAGUUUAACCACCACCGGAGUUGGUGAGAGUAGAGAAAUACUUAAACGUCACAUGAGAUUUCCCGGAACUCUGACUUUCUGUGGUAUUUCUUACUGAUAGUUUAAUUUUGGUGUAACGAGUAAAGUCCUGCACCGACGACGAGCUGGACUGAAACCGGAAACUUCACACCUAAUGUCGAAGCUGAGCUGGUGCUGAGUGUCAUUAUGAGAUGUCGUCUCCAAGCCCCUCUUUCGUACAAAUCAGGUUCGAUGACAUCCACUUCUACGAGAACUGUGGCGGCGGCAGCUUCGGAAGUGUCUACCGAGCCAGGUGGAUCUCCCAGGACAAAGAGGUGGCUGUGAAGAAACUGCUCAAGAUCGAAAACGAGGCUGAAAUCCUCAGUGUCCUCAGCCACCGUAACAUCAUCCAGUUUUAUGGGGCCAUUGUUGAAGCUCCCAACUAUGGCAUUGUCACUGAGUAUGCGAGUGGUGGGUCGUUGUACGAUUACCUCUCCAGCGAUGAGAGUGAGGAAAUGGACAUGGGGCAGAUCAUGACAUGGGCUGCAGAGAUGGCCAGAGGAAUGCACUAUUUACAUUCAGAGGCUCCUGUUAAGGUCAUCCACAGAGACUUAAAGUCCAGGAAUGUCGUUUUGGCAGCGGACAAAGUUCUCAAGAUCUGUGAUUUUGGGGCAUCCAAAUUCCUGACCCACACAACACACAUGUCCUUAGUGGGCACAUUUCCCUGGAUGGCUCCGGAGGUGAUCCAGAGCCUGCCUGUGUCUGAGACAUGUGACACUUUCUCCUACGGUGUGGUGCUGUGGGAAAUGCUAACCCGUGAGAUACCUUUCAAAGGCCUGGAAGGUUUACAAGUGGCCUGGCUCGUGGUGGAAAAAAAUGAGAGGUUAACUAUCCCGAGUGGCUGUCCUGCCAGCUUCGCUGAACUCAUGAGGAACUGCUGGGCAACAGAGCCAAAAGGAAGGCCAAUGUUCAAGGAGAUCCUCUCCACUUUGGAGUCCAUGUCUAACGACAGCCAACUUCCUCAACAGUGCAACUCCUUUCUUCACAACAAGGCUGAAUGGAGGAUUGAGAUCGAGGCCACACUCGAGAGACUGAAGAAGCUGGAGAGAGACCUGAGCACCAAAGAGCAGGAGCUGAAAGAGCGAGAGCGCCGUCUGAAGAUGUGGGAGCGCAAACUUGUGGAACAAUCCAACAGCCCGCUCUUCUUUCCCGCGGCUCAAAAGAUAAGUGCUCAGUCGUAUUAUCAGUCAAAGACGGAGGAGUCAAACAGUUCACAGAUGUCCUGUCAGAUCACAACCUCCGGUAACGAGGAGGUGAAUCUGCAGUCGGUGAUGAUGAAAGGCUUUGACGACGUGUUUUCCUUGGACUUUGGCCUUCCCGUGUUGCACUCGGGCAUGCGGGUCAACAUGCAGGCGAGGCAGAACUCCUCCGUGUCGAGCUGUGUCAGAGAAGGACGCAAAAUCAACAUGACUGUGGGGAGGGGACGCUUCGCUUGGUCUGAUGACAGCGAAUAGACUCGACGAUGUUACAGCUACAUCUGUAGAAUCCUUUAAUGUAACUCGAUGCAUAAUUAGUAUCAUACAGGCACUUUUUUCUCAAUGAAGUGCUGCUUGAAUCCUGUUAAAUAGUUUAAUUCAGUUUCUACCACAUCCCUGAAAAAGCACGUCUUUGCACGGCAAUCCCUCUGCUUUAUUCAACUUCUUGAUUUGCCUUUAGAAAUAGCUCAGUGCAGCACAGAAAUAUGUUAUAGAUUAUAUUUGUAACUCUCAACCUAUGGAGGACCUAUUAUGAAUGUCAUUUACUGUAUGCCUAAUGUACUGGAUGUAUAGUGCCAUGCUGUGAAGAAAGAGCCACGUGAGCCAGUUGCUUAGAGAAGGCCAGGCUUUUAUGAUGAAGUGACAUUUUGCUGACAUUAAGAUUGGCCAAUUUGUUCUGGAUGUGGUGGAGUGCAGUUGUUGAGACGCAGUCUUCUCUCACCAGGAUGAAAAAGUACAUGGUUUUUUUUUUUUUUUUUUCUGCUGACUGAACCCAGGUUCAAAACAGCAGGAGAGGGACUUUGCUGUGUGAUUGUCAGCUUCAUUCUUCAUUUGACUUCCUAGUUUUCAAGAUCGGCUACUUUUCUAGGCCCAGAAAUAUUACUUAAAAUGAAGAAAUUAUUCAAAUGUAAUCCUAAAUCAGGAGUCAAAGUAUAACCAAAGAAGUAUAGGUUUUCAUUAUAAAUUCACUGAAUAAAAACAAACAAAAAGAAAAUGGGAUGGGGCACCAGAUAGCGUAGCAGUUAUGUUGCGUGCCCUAUGUACAGAGGCUUUAGUACUCUUCGCAGCGGCCUUGGGUUCGAAUCCGACCCCGGCGCUUUAACCCCCCCACUCUCUGAUACCACCAUUUCCUGUCUCUCUUCAGCUUUCCUAUCCAAUAAAGGCAAACUGGGAAAUAAAGAAACUGGGAUGUUACCAAUGUUCAUACCAAUUUUUUUUUUCAUUACUUCUUUGUAAUUCUUUGUGUCUGUUCUUUAAAUCAGCUGUGUGUUUGGAUGUCUUAUAAAAUGUAACUCUCCUCUUGAAUGUCACUGGAACUUGUCUUACAAACUGCAUGUCGCUGAUCUGUCUCAGAGACGAUGUUAGACUCCCACACUGACAACAUUUUCUUUCAUAUUUAACCAUGAAAAACAACAACAGACGCCUUCUUCUGCCCAAUAAAAACGUGUCUCUGAAUCAGCAGUUGGUACACCAGCUUGCCAGCAUUCAAAUGAUGCAACACAUCAGAUGCACAUCGGUUACUUACAACGAUGCAUGCCACAUUAUUUGCUGAUGGGCUGAUGUUUGUCAACAGGGCCAAUAUCAGCCUUUAUGGAUGUUCCACCAACAUUGGUGCGUCCCUAGUUUUAAAAUAAUUAUCCAUACUGUAUCACAACAUGUGGUCCUCACAUAUUGCCUCCAGUCCUGCACUUUACAGGAGAUGAAUGGUGUUAGCUACAUUGUUGAGUUAGGUAUUAAGCAUCAUCUUGUGGAAGGACAUGCUUCCUUGAGCAUAGCCCAUUAAAUGCCCCCCUCGCAUGUUCUCAUCAGUCAUUCUCAUGAGGAUGUAAUCCUCUGUAUUCCUCUGUUGUUGCUUGUUAGCCUCCUGUCGUGAGCUAAUAAUCCUAUUCAAACAAUGCCUGUAAUGCUGUACCAUCAGGUCCCUGCUCGUACUAGACUAGACAUCAAAAUGAACACAGAAAAAAACACUUGCUAAACAUUUCAUGGCAUUUCCAUCACAAUCAUAUAACGAGCAGGUUCUUUGUGUGACUUAUUUACCUGAAUCCUACAUGAUUGUGUCAAUAAAUCAAUAUCUUUCAAACAUGUG